GAGAGCAGUUUACCCAGAGCACACCGGGAAACGGGCAGAGGAACAUGGCGCAGGGUCGGUGAGGAGGACGCUGAACAAUUGAGGAUUAUAUUCCGUGGAUAUUUCGGAGAUCAUGCUGAAAUCCUAAAAUGAGAAUGUGAAAUGGUUUCACUUCCGAAAUCUUGGAUAUCUACCACUGCCCCUUUGAUGAAUAAUAGGAAAACGCCUCUCAGGAAUACCUGCAAUUGCAUUCAUAAACAUUUUUUUAGGACUUACAACCCCUGAGCAUUGUUUUUUAAUCACAUCUAAAUAUUACAUGGGAAAAUGGCUGAGAGAAAUAAAAUGAUUAUAGAGGUCCCACAAGGAGUUGAUAGACUUCGAGUGGAGCAUAAAAAGGUGGUGCAAGGCUGCGAAGGUCAGAUCCAGCACUGGGCGAAGGUAAAGGGUGACUAUGAAACCCUCGAGGAUCGACUCAAAACUCUUCCAGAUCAGGUGUCCUAUGACAUCAUGGUGCCAUUUGGCCCUCUGGCCUUCAUGCCUGGGAAGCUGGUCCAUACCAAUGAGAUCACCGUGCUGCUGGGGGACAACUGGUUUGCAAAGUGCUCUACCAAGCAGGCCCAGAAGCUCGUGGAGCACAGGAAGAAACAUGUAAAUAGUGCGCUGGAUGACUUGCACAAGACGAGGAAGGACUUUGAAGCCAGAGUUGGGUUUACAGAGGAUCUAGAAAAACUCUCAGGCGCUAAAGGGGACUAUGUGGACAUCAGAGAAGAGGUUGGAAGUAUUGAAGAAAUGGUCAGCAAAGGAAAGCUGCGUGUGGCUCUUAAGCCCCACUCUAAGCCUAAGAUGGAGGCUGUUGUGAAGAUAGAGGAGGAAGAGGAGGAUGAGGACGAAGAGGGCAGUGGAGAGGGAGAUGGAGGGAGCAGGAGAAGAGUGCUGUCCGAGGAGGAGCUAUGGGCCAGACUGGAUGAGCUGGAAGCGCAGGAGGAGCAGGAAGAGGAUCAACACCGACGGUUUGACAGUGCAGACACCAAUGGCAACGAUGACACAACAUCCUCUGAGGAAGAGAAGGAGGGAGAUAGCGGCAGCCAUCACCGUGUCAAUGGACAUGAUGAGAGGAGCAAAGGCAGGGCGUUUGUGCCUUACAACGGCAGCCAACUCAACAGUACAGCUCAGUCAACCAGGGAGGGGGAGGAGGAGGAAGAUGAAGCAGAGGAGGAGGAAGUUGACUGUUUGCCUACCAUCUAUUUCUCUCAUACGGUGGAACCUAAGAAGGUGAGGAUAAACACAGGGAAGAACACCAUGUUGAAGUUCAGUGAGCUGAAAGAACAGAAGCAGCAAGCCAAGAGGAAAAAGAAGAACGGCACCAGUAACGGUCACUCUCACCACGGGCUCCACAACAUCACUACGCCCACAGACCUCUACAGGUUGUUUGUGGAUGUGAAGAACGGCGAGCCCAUCCCCAGGAAGUCAAUCCUGAAGUCCCGGAGCAGAGAGAGCAGUGUGUGUAGUGACACCAGCGAGAGCAGCGCUGCCGACUUCGAGGAGCGGCGGACGUUUGGACGCACUCUGAGCCAUGACGAGAACACAUACAGCGACACCAGUGACGGCAUCACGGAGGAGGACAGCCCCACCGGGGUCCUCCUACAUCCCACCAGCAGCUUUCAGGCCUUUUCAGGCACGGUGGUUGAGAAGGAGCCCAUUCCCUUGUCGAUCCCCCAAUUCACCAUUGCUCUGCCAGUGCUGCCCACCAUCCCAGAGAGGAAACUGGAGGAGGUGGCCCCCGAGGUCCCCCAAGAGGCCCCAAAGAGGGUGUCCAAGUUCAAAACUGCCCGGCUGAAGCAGAAGUGACCCAGAAGAGCCAGUCUCCAGGAUCCACACUACGGGCUCCUUUUUUAACAUUGAUUUUCUAUGCCAACACUUUUUGGAGUUGGACAGACCGUGAACCCACCCUAUGAUCUGCCAUCCCUCUUAUUUUUUGGCAUCACUCUUCAAGCCUCUCUUCUUCUCUUUCAUAAUACUUUUCCUGUUAGUACACAUUGCAAUAUAAACAAUUUGCCUAACUUUGUUUCUCAACAAAGCAUAACUUUGUUGAGAAAGCAACCCAACACACUCACUCUUAACCAUUUACCUGCCUUGUAUAAUGGAACAUCAAGCUUUUUAGCAAAUAGCCCCAUUAUUUAUGAAUUAGUACUUCACCGCAAUAUGUUUUUAAGUAAAGAGGUAGUUUAUUUAGAGCCCUCAUCCUCCAACAUUAUGGCCCUACAUUAGUCAACACUGCCUAGGUGCGCAUUUUAUGGUGGUUGAUCUUGUCAGUGUCUUGACUAUACUCUGACAAAGCCAGUAGUUUACAACUCUAUUCAUUGUUUGAUCCAUGAUUUUGCCUGCUAUGCUAAGAUGACAUACUCUGCAUCAUUCAAUUUAUUUUUGCCUUUUCCUUUCUUAAUUAUUCUAUAACAGGGUCAGAUGUCAACUUCCCUUUAUUUCCUCAAAUCCCCUUGUACCUACCUAUUGAAUGUAUGUCCACCUCUGUGACCAGCUUUAUGUCAAAAAAAAUAUUGUUGUAAACUGGAAUUAAAAUAAAAGAUUUUUGGACAAAG